AAGAAGGCAACGGCGGCAGCAUCAGCAUCAGCGGCGGCGGUGGAGGCAGUGUCGGCGGUGGCGGCAGCAGUAACAGCAGUGACGGCGGCGGCGGCGACGGCGGCGGCAACGGCGGCGGCAACGGCGGCGGCGGCGGCGGCGGCGGCGGCGGCGUUAACGACCGGUAGCCGAGCGAUUUUUCAAAGGACUUCGGUGUCGAGAGGUCAACUGAGGAUCCAGGGUGUCGCGACUUGCCUUUACCUCUGCAUGGAUUCCUGCGGUCUGCUUUAUGGCUCGAGAGAGUAUACGGAGGACUGCGUGUUCAACGAGACGUUGGAACAGCACAACUACAACACGUACAGCUCGGUAAGAUGGUCGACCGGGAAAAAGACACUUUACCUUGGAUUAAAUCGUCGUGGACAACCUAGAAGGGUACAAGCUAAAGGUCAUACACUUGGAAGAUUGUCGGCAUACGCUAGGGUGUUAACGCAAGUGGCACCGCCCGAUCGAGUUGAGGCCCUACAUAGGAGAAUGUCAGGCGCCGAGCACAAUGUACGCCAUCGACACGGUAGCCAUUCUCAUCGGCAGCAACAUCGGCAUCACCAACAGGAACAACAACAACAACAACAACAACAACACCAUCAGAGUGAACUUAGUCAACAGCAACAGCAACAGCAACAGCAGCAGCAUCAUCAACACCAACAGCAGAAUCAGCAACAUCAACAGCAACAGCAACAACAACAGCAACAACAGCUGCAAACGAUCUGUCCCAAUCUUCCGGCCCAAGAGAAGGACGGUAGGGAUAGGUUUAGAUGUCGCAAACGUAAAAAACGAAAGAAGAGAAAACGUCGGUGCAGACCCGGGGAGAAAGUCGGUCCGCAGUGUCAAUUGCCGGAAGAAAGGGACCCAUCGUCCGUAUCCGGGAUAACAUUGAACUCGGAGACUUCCUCUCCUGAAUCUAAAAAAUUGUGCGAGGGUGCUGCCGGCGAGGAAGCAUGUAGAAGAGAGGUAUUAUCCUCUACAUCGAAAAAGAAAAAAUCCCGGAUAGGAGAUGGGACCUUGUUGGAGGUACAUACGGAAGAUACGUCUACGAGAGGGAAUACCAUGACUACAAUGAUCACCACCGAGGCGACCUUGACGACAGAGGACGACGUGACGUUGGAUGUGCCAACGGUAGCAUCUAGCAACGGCAAUGGCAACGGCAACGGCAACGGCAAUGGCAACAACAGCAACUCCACCAACAGCAACGCCACCCACGAGGAGAAGGAUGAGGGGGAGGACGAGGAUGAGGAGGAUGAGGAAGAGGAGGUGGAGCUCCUAACCACGACUAGGAGCAUCGGUAAGAACCUUGAAAAAGCAACCUCAAAAAAGACAAACGUCGCCGGCACCAUUAGUCAAAGUAAAAAGCCUGAUUUGCUGGACGGUAAGAAGAGGAAGAUGAAGAAAAGGAAGAAAAAAAAGAAGAAGGGAAAGAGGGGUCCAGGUUGGCCGAGGAGGAGGAACCCGUUAGCCAGGAAGAAGUCCGAGAGCGUGAAGCGGACGGACGAGGAGGAGGCGACAGGGGCAGCGGAGGAUGCGGAGGAGGAUGCCGGGGAAGGGGAGGAGGGGGGAGGAGGAGGGGAGGAGGAGGAGAUAGGAGAGGAGGAAGAGGAGAUGGAGGAGGAGGAGGAGCAGGAGCAGGAGGAGGAGGCGAUGGAGGAGAAGAGGAAGAGGAAGAAGAAGAAGAAGAAGUUUGCGAAGGAGGAGAGAAGGGGGGGAGAAGAGAUUGCGGAGGGACUGGAGGAAAGGAGAGACUUAAAGAAGAAGAGGAGGAAGGAGGAAAGGGAAAGGAUGGAGGAGGCGGCGAAGGAGGUGGACGUGGAGGAGGAGGAGGAGGAGAGGAAGAAGAAGAAGAAGAAGAAGAAGGUGGAAAAGGUGGAGGAUAUGAAGGAUAUAGUCGGCAGGAUCAGCGAGCCAGUCGCGGAAAUACCAUUUGCAUCAACGACGACCUCCUCGCUCUCCUUAUCAUCCUAUUCCUCAGCCUUGUCCUCGAACCGUUCCUCUUACUUCGACGUUGGUGGUUCACGUGGCUCGUCCCAAAGACGAAAGAAGACACCGAAGAUGACGAACUCACGAACGACGUUGGCGUCGCCGUCGUCGUCGCCGUUGGUGCCGGCGUCGGCGUUGACGUUGCCGAAGAGGAGGAAAGCCGCGUCGUUCUCCUCCUCUUCUUCUCAGAAACAAUUGCGUCAUGGCGUACGACGAAACGCCGGCGGUACAUUAUUGUCCUUCUCGUCGCCGAGGAAUCCAAGAAAGUUAAAGGGAUUUAUUACCUCGUCAGAUUCGCGUCGCUCUACGGCGAUCCUUAAUUCGAACGAGAGGAGAGAGGAGAAUACCAAUCGAGAUUCGUCCAAGGACGUCGUCUUCGACUCGUUAACAACGUCGUCAUCGCCAUUGCCAUUGCCAUCGUCGUCGCCAUCGUCGUCGCCAUCGUCGUCGUCGUCGUCAUCGUCGUCGUCAUCCUCAUCGUCGUCGUCCUUGUCGACGAUGACGACGACGACGAUGACGACGACUACGAGGACGAGGACGACGGCCAUGACGACGACGACGACGGCAAUGAUGACCGAAACGAUGACGACGGCGAACGCACUGACGACGACUAUGAUGACUAAGACUAUGACCAAAACGAUAACCACUAAGACGAUAGUUCCUGAUACAAGUCGUCCCGAAGUAUCGAGUUUUCCUCCCUUCCUUAAGAGGAACUCUUCCUCCUUGUUUAAUACGUCUACCUCCACCUCCAACUCUCCUCCCUCUUCCACCUCCUCCGCCCCCUCCUCCUCCUCUUUCUCAUCCUGUGUCGACUCAAGCGAGACGAGCAACUCCUCGCCUCUUGCUACCUUUUUGGAGUCCACCAGCACGAUAAAGAAAAAGACGACGACGAAGAAUAAGAAGAAGACGAACGAAGGGGAGGAGAGGAAGGAGAACGAAGAGAAGGAUGACGGCGAUGGCGAAGACGAAGACGAAGAAUCAUCGAGCGAGAGAAGUACGAAAAAGACCGAGCGUUUACUCGGCAUCGAGAGACUGGCCAUGUAAUGGGGUGAAAAAAGAAAAAAAAGAAAGAAAAAAAUGAAAAAAAAAAAAUGAAAAAAAAAGAAAAAAAACCAGAAAAGUGAAAAGAA